AUGUCUGAAAAUGGACCAGAACAUCCACGACAAGAUUCCUUCCUCUCGUACGACGCCGACGUGGCGAGUUUCGAUUUCUCUCUCGUCAACCAGACUGAAGGCGCACGCACUGCGUCUGAAGACCGCGAGGAGUCUUUCCCGAGUCGGCCUUCCUUUUCAGGAUCGGCAUAUCUCCAUGGAGAUUAUGCCGACGCUUCAGAGAGCACAGACAACGCUGAGUUGGAGCGCCGCAAAGGGUCGGAAACCAACCGGGAGACUGUUGGUGUGCAGUCUGACGAUUCCUUCCCUUGCUACGUCUCUGGGGAUCAACGGGAACCCCCCGUUGUCUGCACUCUCCUCGCUGUUCAACAUCCCGUCAGAGGUCCAGAGGUGCACAAGUUUCAUCUGCAUGCGCCAGGAACCGGCCGAGAAGCGCAAGACAAACCGAGCGCCUGCAGGGAGAGCAGAGGACCCAACGCUCCCCAAAACCCCGGAGCUGAGAAUGGUGUUUCGUCUCGAUUGCGGGGAGAAGACGGUCGCGUCGAAACGCGCGUAGACGGAGAGCGCAAAGGCAUGAAUUCGAUGCCUCCCGACGCCAAGAGCGAGAACCAAGAGCCUGCCUCCGCUCCACCCCCGCGCCGCGCCGCGCCCGCCGUCUCUUCCGCCUCUCGCGACGCAGGUGUCUCCGAGGCAGACUUGGCAUGCAUCCGAAAGUGGGCGCCGCUUUUCGCGUUGCCAGAUUUCACCCCCGCUGGCGGUCGUGGAGAGAACGGGCCUUUUCCGAUUCCACCUUCUGUCUCGGCUCCUUCUCUUGACAGUGACGCAGAGACGGCAGGCGACGACGGCAGCGCAGCGAAAGGCCGCGAGAGAGAGGCUGGGUCCGUCUUCUUUCUUCUCUCCUGUCACGAGCGUCUUUUCUUCGGUGUCUCCUGCUAUAAACGCGUCGACGCAACGGCCGUUCUCCAGGGGGUCUCUCGAGGCUGUCGCGUCCGGUGCGCCGUCUGCGUGCUCAGCAGUGUUCCGUUCUGGGGAUCUCUUCUCGUGCGCUUCGCUCCAGUGGCGGCCGCGUUCUUCCAGAGCCUCCAAGCCUCUUCGCCUCUGUGCGCCGCGCCGGAGAGGGGAAGGACGAGGCGGGCGUCGUCGGAGCAGCGCGAGGACGCGCUUUCUGCAGGCACCGAAGAAGAGAACGGUUGCUUGGCGAGCGACGAAGAAGCUAAGGCGAGGGCAGGGGCAAAGAGACUCCGUAGCGUGAGAAAGGAUCGACGAGGUCAAGAGAAAGAAAAGGGUGAAGAGGAAGCGAAGGCAGGGGAACAGCUCAUCCUCGAUUGGUCUGCUCAGGUGAACGCGAUUCGCUUCGAUCAAUUGCGGUACUCCGAGCUCUUCUUCGACUUGGAGGGGAGUCUCACGCCGUUCGUUCUUCUCUUUCCUCCAGCUGCUUUGAACUGCGGAUACAACAGCGACGGCUUCGGGAACUUCCACUACCACUGGAGACUGUACGCGUUUCCUUUCCGCGUCUUUCACCGGCGAUGUGUCUUCGCUCCCUUCCUCUCUCUUCCUCUUGUCGAAGAACUUUUGCUUCAAAAAAGAGGCUUUCUUGUCGGCGCCUCAAACUGGGCGGUGCGCAUGCACCCUGUCGUUCGCCCCGAUGUCUGCGUCGAUUUAGAUCGCGUUCAGUUGCGUGUUGAGCAAGAUGCUCUUCUCCCGUGCCUGGAGCUCACCCCCUCCGAGCGUUUCUUCGCGACGACGCUACUCCCGGACGCUCUCGCGUCUGCGUCCAACUACCACCCAACGCUUUCUUCUUUCUCUUCUUCCUCUUCUUCUUGCUCUUCUUCUGUCUCUUCCUCUUUCUCUUCUUCUCUCGGUUGCCUCCAAUUUGGCGGUGAGGACGAACCGACCAAGGAGACUAGUGCUCGAGCACCCUGUUCCAACGCCCCAUCUGACUCUUCUUCGUGUUCGUCUUCUUCGUUUUCGUCUUCUUCGUCUUUUUCGUCUUUUACGCGCCAAGCCGGGAGUUUCUUCCAGGCUGUGAGCACCCUCGCGACUUCUUCGGGCUCCUCACGAAAGCCGUUCUUCCGGAAACAAAAAUCUGGCGCAGGCUCCUCCCUUCAGACUUCUGAGAACAUUCUUUCUUCUCCUCUCCCUCCUGCUUCCUCUCUCCCCUCUCCUCUCUCCCUCUCCCCUCCCUAUUCUUCUUCCUGUUCUCCAUUCACUUCUUCUUUCUCUCCGUCUUCUUUAGGUCUGUCGCCUUGUUUCAGUCACUCGCACGGCGUGAAUGGAACAGAUCCGAUAGCAUGGCUUUUGGACGAUGCAAAUCCACCUGAGGCAGGCAGUGCGCUUCACGCGGGAGAAGACGGCGCAGGCUGGAAAGAAGCGAGAGAGAAAGAACGGGAAGAGCCGUCUCUCUCUUCUUCAGCGCCUCGUGACGAAGUCUCUCCCCCUAUCGAGCGCUCCGCCUCUUCCGUUUCUUCUCGUGCUUGUUCUUCGCACGAGGCGAACCGAGAGAGAAACGCGAAAGAAGCAGGACGGCGAGCUGCGGGAGCGUUUUCCCAAUUUUCGCGCGCAGUUAAGAGCCUGACGAGUGGCCGCGAGCUCCCCGUGUCGCAGAAGAACGUCCUCGGUUCGUCUUCCUCGUCUCCUCUUUCGGACGAAAACCCGCCGAAAGGUGUGAUUCUCGACCAGUCCUCUCAGCCGUUCCCUUCCCCCGCUCACAAAAAACCUUUCUCAGCUCCUCUCCGUCCCCUCAACUCCCUCGCUGCUCCUCGGUUUUCGUGGAAAAGAAAUCUCUCUUUCUCUCUCUCGUCUGUUUUCCCUCCUGCAUGCGCCGGAGACGAGGAUCGCGAGAAAUCUCUCGCAAAUGCGGAGUGGGAAGCGUCCGUCGAUCUCGUCCGUGCUGCCUUCACACAGUACCUCGAAAAACUCUGCCGAAGCGCAGCGAUCGCUGCGGGGCCGCGCCGCAGCGCGCAGCAGCUCUUGCGUGAGCUGCCAAGGCCAGCGGAGGCUGAAGAGGGCGAAGCGAAGCAAGAAAACGAGGGCGAGAAGAAAGAAGAGACAGAGGAGAAAGACGAAAAAGACGACGUGGCCGAGUUCAACGCGCUCUGGCUUCGCGCCUGGACAGGCACGCACAACUUCCAGGUGUGGAUUCAACGCCACCGUCUCCCGACUGAGCGGCUGGCGGAGUCGCAAGAAGACGCCGUCUCCUUACCGCCGCAGGAAGGUUUUGGGCGUCUGGUGUAUGCCAAUGGAGACGUCUACGAAGGCGAAUUCUUGAACUCUGUGCGGCACGGCCGGGGCGUGUAUUCCAGCAGAGAUGGCCUUCGGUACGAGGGCGACUGGGAACGAGACCAGCGCCACGGGUGCGGUGUACUUACACACGACAAGGCGCAGUUCGUCUACGUGGGGCAGUGGCAAAACGACAAGAAGAACGGCGAAGGACAUCUCUACUCGUCGACUGAGCGCUACUGGGGCGAGUUUACUGACAAUAAAUACAGCGGAAAGGGGACCUACGUGGAGCGCGUCGGCGGCAUCUACUACGAGGGCGAGUUUGCUGACGGCAUGUUCCAUGGCGUCGGCAAGCUCCUUCUGCCUUCCAGCGUCGCCUCGCGCUCUCCUCGGUCUCACCAGAGACACAGAUCGCGUCCAACGCCUCUUCGCUCGGCUCUCUUCGAGCCUUCUUCCUCGUUUUCGUCCUCGUCUUGCGAAGGACGGCGAGGGACCAGUUUCUGUGGGGAGUGGGAGAGAGGGAGAGCGAAAGGUGUCUUUACGUGUAUUUACGAGGAUGGCCGCAUGUACACAGGCUCGCUGAAGGAUGAUUCCUUGAUGCCGCACGGCGCAGGGUUGAUGACGUUUCCCGACAGUUCGGCCUUUGAGGGGGAAUGGCGUGAAGGCCAGCGACACGGCGCAGGGGUGUUCUCCGUCUCGCUCUCUGCGGAUUCUGGCACUCUCCAGAAAGAUCUUUUCUCUCUCGCGGCUCAAGCGCAGGGUGCAUGCACGCCUUCCUCGCCGUCUGCGCUCGGCGUCGCCGGCCAUCGUCCCCAGAGUUGCGAGCUGGGGAGAAACGCCGUGCUGACGGUCGAGGGCUCGUGGGCGGACGACGAGCCGGAUCCCCGAGUCGAGUGGUCUGUCGCGUUCCCGACGGGAGACAAAUACGCGGGAUUUCUUCACCUGCCUGCAUUCGAGGCCAGUGAGGCGUGCGCCGCUGAGAGAGACGCGUCUUCGCAGGGGAACGGAGCGACGAAACGCGCCUUUGAAGACGAAACGGGCGAGCGAGACGCGCUGAGCGAAGAACCUCAAAACGGAAGGCCCUACGAGGAAUCAACCAGAAAGGAGGCGAACGAGGGACAGAGCGGGAUGCUUCUCCAGAGAGACUUGAGCCGUUUUGUCCUUCCCCACGGCUCCGGAUUCGCCAAGCUGAAGGCGGCGGGAGAAACCUACGAAGGCCAGUGGAAACUUGGCACGCGCGACGGACAGGGGGAAAGCAUCGCCAGCACAGGCGUGAGAUACCGCGGAGAGUGGCGGGGCGGCGUGCCUCACGGUCGCGGAGUCUUGACACACACCGACAGUGGUGAGCAACGCGAAGGGCGUUUCCAGGGCGGUUUCUUCCGAGGCGAAGAGGGACAAGAACCUGAAGGGGCUGCAGCGGAACACGACCCGGUUCUCUUUACUGCCUUCCUGCGCUACCCUCUUCACCGCUGUCGGUUUUUCUGGAAAUCUACGACAUAG